UCGUAUUAUCUUUUCCCAGCUCAGCUUGUCAUCCGAUGCAAAGGUGAAACCUUUAUCAUCUCUUCAGAUACCCACUUUCACACACACACACACACUACCUUUCCUUCUUCCUUCCUUUGGGGUGUGUUGUGUUCCAUCCAACUCCAGCUAGUCACAGAUUCUUCUCCUUGGCUACAUUGCACUCCAAAAAGUGAAGGGAAGGGAAGAGAAUAGAGGCUUAAGCAAGACACCCCAAAAUGGAGAGGGCUCUCACCAAAGUUAGCAGCUUGAAGGUGGGGUUGGGGAAUUCAUGGAUCACCAAGAAGGCCAAGGAGGAGUUCUCUAACAUCUCUGGAGACAUUUCUACCUUCUCAAAUACGGUUGAAGAAAAGGCAAAGUGGAUCUUCAACAAACUGAAAGGAAAGCCGCAAAAAGGCCUACCGGAACUCCUACGGGAGUACAAUUUGCCUGCAGGGUUAUUUCCACAGAACAUAAUCUGUUAUGAGUUUGAUGAAACGAAGGGUAAGCUGAUUGUGUACUUGCCAUCUGCAAGUGAGGUGAGUUUCAAGGACUCUUCUGUGGUGAGAUACGCAACCCGAGUGAAAGGGGUGCUUACAAGGGGAAAGCUUUCGGCAAUAGAUGGAAUGAAAACAAAGGUUCUUGUGUGGGUGAAGGUGACAAGUGUGGCAGUUGAAGGUUACAAGUCUGAUAAGGUGUGGUUUACUGCUGGUGUAAAGAAGUCAAGGCCAAAAGAUGCAUAUGAUACGCCUCGUGAUGCUGUCAGAGUAGCAGAAUUCUGAGCUUACAAAUGUUGGUUAUUAUGUCAUUACUAUUAUUGGUAUGGUAUGGAAUAGGUAGUCUACAUAUUGUUGGAAAUGUUUACACACUGUAGGUAUACAAGUUAGGAACCCCUUCUCUGUUAUUUUCUAUUAAUGAUCUGCUCAUUCAUUGUCUCAUUGAGCGUGAUUGGUUUUUGCUAGCUUCAAUGGAACUCCAAACCAUGCAUUUCUUUAGAGGGUGUGCAUCAAAUUAAAUGUUCGUUAGGUUCAUGGUUGACUGUCAGUCUUGUUAUUAAAUCGUCGAAUUCAACUUUUUAUUCAAUCAAAUGUUACAUUUGACAGUAA